UUGCAAUGAUACAACAGCCAUUCUUGAACCAAAUACGAGAUGACAAUGCAGUCAAGAUCGACCAGCAAUAUUAGUGGGAGUGCCACCCGCAGCACACACACGAUCUCCAUGGGACUGAUUAUGAUCUCGGCCAUGGCCGUGCUCCUGGUGGCGCUCCCCGGCGGCGCAGUAGAAGCCCGCAUGGCUUUCGAGAAGUUGACAGACUUUGACUUUCCGGGAAACACGUACUACAGCGUGAAGAACCUGUCCCUGUACGAGUGCCAGGGCUGGUGCCGCGAGGAGGCAGACUGCCAGGCGGCCGCAUUCAGCUUCGUAGUGAAUCCGCUGUCGCCCUCGCAGGAGACACACUGCCAGUUGCAGAACGACUCUUCAGCGGCCAAUCCCUCGGCUGCGCCUCAGCGGUCGGCUAACAUGUACUACAUGGUGAAGCUGCAGCUGCGCAGCGAGAACGUGUGCCACCGGCCGUGGUCCUUCGAGCGGGUGCCCAAUAAGGUUAUUCGGGGGCUGGACAAUGCCCUCAUCUACACUAGCACCAAGGAGGCCUGCCUGUCCGCCUGCCUCAAUGAGAAGCGCUUCGUAUGCCGCUCCGUAGAGUACGACUACAACAAUAUGAAGUGCGUGCUGAGCGACUCGGACCGACGUAGCUCCGGCCAGUUCGUUCAGCUGGUGGACGCACAGGGCACCGACUACUUCGAGAACCUCUGCUUGAAGCCGGUCCAGGCCUGCAAGAAUACACGCUCCUUCGCCAACGCCCAACGCAUGGGCGUCUCUGAGGAGAAGGUGGCCCAGUACGUCGGCCUCCACUACUACACGGACAAGGAGCUGCAGGUGACCUCCGAGUCGGCAUGCCGGCUGGCCUGCGAGAUUGAGUCCGAGUUCCUGUGCCGCUCCUUCCUCUACCUGGGCCAGCCGCAGGGCGCCCAGUACAACUGCCGGCUAUACCACCUUGACCACAAAACCCUGCCCGACGGCCCAUCCACCUACCUCAAUCACGAGCGCCCCCUAAUCGACCACGGCGAGCCCAUCGGCCAGUACUUUGAGAACCAGUGCGAGAAGUCCGCCUCUGGGCCCGGCUCUCCCCCAGGCACCCUCGACAAGAUCGACACGUUGCCCGUCAGCUUGGACACUAUUGAGGACCCUAAUCUCACCAACCUUACCCGCAACGAUGUCAACUGCGACAAGACUGGCACUUGCUACGAUGUUUCUGUUCACUGCAAGGACACAAGGAUCGCAGUCCAGGUGAGAACCAACAAGCCCUUCAACGGACGCAUCUACGCUUUGGGGCGGUCCGAGACCUGCAACAUCGAUGUGAUCAACUCAGACGCCUUUCGACUGGAUCUGACCAUGAUUGGACAGGACUGCAACACUCAGAGCGUGACUGGCGUCUAUUCAAACACGGUGGUGCUGCAGCACCAUAGCGUGGUGAUGACCAAGGCAGACAAGAUCUACAAGGUAAAGUGCACAUACGACAUGAGCUCGAAGAACAUCACUUUCGGAAUGAUGCCCAUCCGCGAUCCGGAUAUGAUCCACAUCAACUCGUCGCCGGAAGCGCCACCACCAAGGAUCCGCAUCCUGGACACGCGCCAGCGCGAGGUGGAGACAGUGCGCAUUGGAGACCGCCUCAACUUCCGCAUCGAGAUACCCGAAGACACUCCUUAUGGCAUCUUUGCCCGCUCGUGUGUGGCCAUGGCCAAGGAUGCACGCACCAGCUUCAAGAUCAUCGACGACGACGGCUGCCCCACUGAUCCCACCAUCUUCCCCGGAUUCACCGCCGACGGCAAUGCCUUGCAAUCCACCUACGAGGCUUUUCGCUUCACUGAGAGCUACGGUGUCAUCUUCCAGUGCAAUGUCAAGUACUGCCUUGGCCCCUGUGAGCCGGCCGUCUGUGAAUGGAAUAUGGAGUCUUUCGAGUCACUAGGCAGAAGGCGUCGUCGUUCAAUCGAUAACCAUGACUCCAAGAACACCACCAUGAACAUCUCUCAGGAGAUUCUGGUCCUGGACUUUGGUGAUGAGAAGCGCGAAUUCUUCAAGGCAGAUCCCAGCACAGACUUUGCCAAAGACAAAACUGUGACCAUCAUCGAACCCUGCCCGACGAAGACGUCGGUGCUGGCGCUGGCCGUGACCUGUGCGCUGAUGAUCCUGCUCUACAUCUCCACCCUGUUCUGCUACUACAUGAAGAAGUGGAUGCAGCCCCACAAGAUCGUAGCAUAAGUCCGAUCGCCUUCAGAAGGAGAAAAAAAAGAAAGCAAGAAAACUAAAACUAUAACUACCACAACAUCAAAAAAAGUUGAAAGACAUAAUGAAAUUGAAAGAAAGAAUAGAAAAACAAAAUCACAGUAAAAAUUGUCAUACCACACUCGGACUCCCCCUCAAAACACAUCACGCAACACGCAUCACACCACUAUAACUGUGCAAGUCUAGCUAUCGCUUUGUCUCUCUCUU